CACGGCCUGAGGUCACGUGACGGAGCGCGGGGGCAGGGAGUUCUCCUAAGGGAAGAGGAGCGAAGUUGGGGGGACGUGGCGGCGCGGGGCUGACAAUGAGUUUUCUUGGCGGCUUUUUUGGUCCCAUUUGUGAGAUCGAUGUUGUCCUUAAUGAUGGGGAGACCAGGAAAAUGGCGGAAAUGAAAACUGAAGAUGGCAAAGUAGAAAAACACUAUCUUUUCUAUGAUGGGGAAUCUGUUUCAGGAAAGGUAAACCUAGCCUUUAAGCAACCUGGAAAGAGGCUAGAACACCAAGGAAUUAGAAUUGAAUUUGUAGGGCAAAUUGAACUUUUCAAUGACAAGAGUAAUACUCAUGAAUUUGUAAACCUAGUCAAAGAACUAGCCUUACCUGGAGAACUGACCCAGAGCAGAAGUUAUGAUUUUGAAUUUAUGCAAGUUGAAAAGCCAUAUGAAUCUUACAUCGGUGCCAAUGUCCGCUUGAGGUAUUUUCUUAAAGUGACAAUAGUAAGAAGACUGACAGACUUGGUAAAAGAAUAUGAUCUUAUUGUUCACCAGCUUGCUACCUAUCCCGAUGUUAACAACUCUAUUAAGAUGGAAGUGGGCAUUGAAGAUUGUCUACACAUAGAAUUUGAAUAUAAUAAAUCAAAGUAUCAUUUAAAGGAUGUGAUUGUUGGAAAAAUUUACUUCUUAUUAGUAAGAAUAAAAAUCCAACAUAUGGAGUUACAGCUGAUCAAAAAAGAGAUCACAGGAAUUGGACCCAGUACCACAACAGAGACAGAAACAAUUGCUAAAUAUGAAAUAAUGGAUGGUGCACCAGUCAAAGGUGAAUCAAUUCCAAUAAGACUAUUUUUAGCGGGAUAUGACCCAACUCCAACAAUGAGAGAUGUGAACAAAAAAUUUUCAGUAAGAUACUUUUUGAAUCUAGUCCUUGUUGAUGAGGAAGACAGAAGGUACUUCAAGCAGCAGGAGAUCAUUUUAUGGAGAAAAGCUCCUGAAAAACUGAGGAAACAGAGAACAAACUUUCACCAGCGAUUUGAAUCACCAGAAUCACAGGCAUCUGCUGAACAGCCUGAAAUGUGAACUGAGUAGGAGAAAAAGAGAAAAACAAACUCUUAUAACUGAUGAGAUUAAGUUCAGCUGGAUAAAGAUGGUUGCAGCAUGUAGGGGGGAAAAGGCCAAAAGUCCAUGUAUAAAUAGUCUUCCUUUAUUUUAUAGCACUGCAUUUAUUUUCUGAUAUAACUAAAUAUUCUUCAUGUACUACAUUUAAAAAGUGCUUUCUUUGAAACACUGGAACUUUCUUAAGCUGCCGUUUUUUGUUGUUUUUUAUUGCACACUUGGAUGGUAAGCACUCAUGUAUGCGUCAGUAUAAACAUUAAAGAUUUUCAUAUGAGUAGGCUGGUAUU